GUCAAAUAGCGUGUAUAAAUGCUGACUUUCUAUUGGUAACACAGUGAAGGCCAGAUUUCUGCAUUGAGCGCAACUUAUGAUUUUAUUCGCUUGCACAGGAGUAUGAAUAAUGUUCGGAAAACUUUCGAAGUUCAGUCUGUUCCCGGAGAUACGGUAUCGUGUCUUCGGUUUAGCCCCGAAUCCUUGCAAACGAUGUUCUUAGCUGCUACCAGCUGGGAUAAUCGUGUACGGAUAUGGGAAGUCCAGGGAAAUGGUGCCACGAUUCCCAAGGCAGAACAAGUCCAUCAAGGGCCAGUUUUCAGUGCUUGCUGGAGCAAUGAUGGUUCAAAACUGUUUAGUGUAUCGGCAGACAAAACUGCCCAAAUGUGGGACCUUGGAUCAAAUACAUUCACCGCCGUAGGUGCUCAUGAUGCACCUAUUAGAACUGUACACUUUAUAACCGCCUCGAAUUACUCAUGUUUGAUGACUGGGUCGUGGGAUAAACGACUAAGAUUUUGGGAUACGCGACAAGCUCAACCUAUUCUGAAUGUGGAUCUACCGGAAAGAGUAUUCUGUGCUGAUGUUCAUUAUCCUCUCGCAUUGGUUGCCACUGCGGGUCGACAGAUCUGUGUAUAUAAUUUAGAAAAUGGUGUUACUCAAUUCAGUCAGAUAGAAUCCCCUCUUAAAUUUCAAAGUCGCUGUAUAUCCAUAUUUAUGGAUAAACAGAAACAAAAUCCCAUUGGAUAUGCUUUGGGUAGUAUUGAAGGACGAGUUGCAAUACAGUAUUUAAAUCCUGCUACACCGAAAGAUAAUUUUACUUUCAAGUGUCAUCGUUCAAGUGCAGCUGUCAAUGGUUAUCAUGAAAUUUUUGCAGUAAAUGAUAUGGCUUUUCAUCCUGUUCAUGGAACACUAGCCACAGUGGGCUCUGAUGGAUUAUAUUCUUUUUGGGACAAAGAUGCUAGAACAAAACUGCACACUGCUGACUCUCCAGACCAACCGCUUACUUGUUGUGUAUUUGAUCCUAAAGGUCAAGUAUUUUGUUAUGCUUCAGGUUAUGACUGGUCCAAAGGAUAUCAGUUUGCUGAUCCUUCUAAACCAGUGAAGAUUACCAUGCGGUUGUGUAUGGAUGAAAUGACUCCUGGCCGAAAAUCUUAGUGUAAAUAUAUGUAUAUAUGUACAUACUAAUGCAGUUCGUUCUUCUAACUAAUGUUCGGG